AUGGAGGGGGCAGCAGAGAAAACAUCGGCUGAGACGCCAGCGGGGCGUCCGAAUAAUGUACCAGGAUCUUCUACCAGUGGCAAUGGAAAUAGGGGGUUUGUGAGUGUAAGUACAGCAGGUGAAAAUACGCUGCGGCGCGUUCCCGGUCAUAUCUUCCGCACAGCUGAUAAGGACUCGCUGCCGCCAACGGUACCAGCGCCACGCUCACCCUCACAGCGGGAACUAAACAAGGAGGAGGAGGAGGAGGGGCAGGGGGAUGCUGCGCCAUUUGUGAGUACGCUAAACGUGUAUCCCCGGUAUCGACACCACCCCUCCCUCUCUCAGAGCAGCUUUUCACUUCACAAUGGGAGCAUGCGCUCUGCAACACACUCGCGAAUGAGCAGCCGCGAACAGUUUUCGUGGGAUUCCAUGGCAUGGAAGGAGGUGAGUGCCGAUCUGGCGUUGGCUGCAGAUCCUGCAAAGGAAUAUCUGCGUCUUGGACGCGUCUCUAAAGACAGUUUCGUUGGCACGCAUGAUUCAUUGGAACAGAGGCCACGAAAGCAUAUGCGUUCGCUCGCGGCCUGGGACAAGGAGGAAGUGGAAGCGCUUGAUGAGAGCGUGGAUAAGACUACCGAGGCUCCGGGCAGCCACCGAGGGUAUAUCACUCCAAUUGGCAUGACGGACCCGAAUGCUGAGUCCGUAUUUGAGACCGCUCCUCUGGGGCACCAGCAUUCCUUCAGUCUGCCCAGCCACAAGGACCCCGCACGGGUAAAUGGCGAUAGUGAGGGAGGUGAUUCUGUAACGCAUGCUGAGAGAGAGGGUAGGGAGUCAACAGCGAAGGGGCCAAUCAUGACGCAUGUCAUUGUGAAUUUCAAGCAUCUGUAUGGUAUCUUUUAUGUACCUCAAAGCGAAUGGGGUACAUUUAACCUGGGAGAUCUGGUUUCGGUGGAAAGUCACACAGGCGAAAAUACUGGAAGAGUUGUGUGUGACUUGACUGAAGUAAUGAACGAUGAGACUUUAAUUCCAAGUAAUCUUGCCAAACUGCAGAGGGAGGUGUUGUAUCCAGAGGACCCAUCGCGACCACUCGAGGCAGUAGAUCACAUCACCAACAAGGAAACAUUACUACGUCUUCCCCGGGUUAUGCGAAGAGGAAUGAACAAGGGUAAAAAGCGAUUAUAUUACGCUCGCCGCCGUGACACAGAAGCUUUUAACGUCUGUCAGCGCCUUAUUCGUGAGCGAGGUUUCAAUUUGAAUGUAUCGAGCGUGGAAUAUCAGGUGGAUUUCAAGCGUAUAACUGUUUUUUGCACGGGGCUGAGCUCCAGUGUGAGUUCAUCUGAACUACUGUCCUUCAUUCAACAACUUGCUGUUCACUUGCGUGGCUCAGCGGUGGAAGUGCUUUUUUCAGCCGAGUCACCGGGGUGUUUAGAAGUUACACGGGGCAUAACCGAGGGUGCAUUCAACGCACUAUACACUGACAUCCUGCCCAAGAUACAGGAGGCAGAUGGGUUGCAGACGCGAACGCCGCCACCACCACCACCACCACCACCGCCUGUUCUUCACCCUCCACGUGUGCCACGCGCAUAUGUAGAGGGUGUGGUGAACCACAUGGCCACACAGCCAAUGCUGCCG